CACCGCAGCCGCCCAGCACUCUCACUUCUGGCCAGGGAACGUGGAAGGCGUACCGGCUGGGAGCCGAUCAGGAAGGGCGAAUUGGGGGCAAAAGAGGAAUUAGAAAAAAAGGGGGUUAUCCAAAUAAUCCUGGAACCCAGGCUCAACCCAGGCUGGAGCCGGGGACACCGGGCGCAAGAGAGCGCAGCACCGGAGCGGCGCGACACGGCAGAGCGCGCUCAACACUGACUUUUGCUGCAGCUUUCCCUUUCCCUUUUUCUUUUAAUACCGAGAAGGCGCCGGCGGCGGCCGCACACGCGAGCGCCACGCGAAGCUCCCGAAGCCAACCGCGGCGGGAGGAGGGGAGGGAGGAGGAGGCGCAGAGGGAAGACGAUCGCCUAGGCACUUUCCUCUGCCGCAGCUGGAGAACUCUGUGGCCUCCUGCGCGUUUCUUCUCUUUUAACUUUCUUCCGGGCCCGGUGCUCCUCUCUCCUUUUCUUCGCCCCUUUUGAUUGUGCCUCUGAGUCCCGAGUCCCCCUCGCGCUCCGCGCACCUCGCACACCCCUCUCGCUCUUCCCCGAGACUCCUUGGCCCGGUAUGGAGGGCUCUGGCAAGAUGGAGAACGGAGCGGGCCAGCCCCCGCAGCCCCCGCAGCCUUUCCUGCCGCCUGCAGCCUGCUUCUUUGCUACCGCGGCGGCGGCGGCGGCAGCGGCAGCAGCAGCGCAGAGCGCUCAGCAGCAGCAGCAGCAGCAGCCGCAGCCGCAGCCGCAGCAGGCGCCGCAGCUGAGCCCAGUGGCCGACGGCCAGCCCUCAGGAGGGGGCGGUCACAAAUCAGCGGCCAAGCAGGUCAAGCGCCAGCGCUCGUCCUCUCCCGAACUGAUGCGCUGCAAACGCAGGCUCAAUUUCAGCGGCUUCGGCUACAGCCUGCCGCAGCAGCAGCCGGCCGCCGUGGCGCGCCGCAACGAGCGCGAGCGCAACCGGGUCAAGUUGGUCAACCUGGGCUUUGCCACCCUCCGGGAGCACGUCCCCAACGGCGCGGCCAACAAGAAGAUGAGCAAGGUGGAGACGCUGCGCUCAGCCGUCGAGUACAUCCGAGCUCUGCAGCAGCUGCUGGACGAACACGACGCGGUGAGCGCCGCCUUCCAGGCGGGCGUCCUGUCGCCCACCAUCUCCCCCAACUACUCCAACGACAUGAACUCUAUGGCGGGUUCUCCGGUCUCGUCCUACUCCUCCGAUGAGGGAUCCUACGACCCUCUCAGUCCAGAGGAACAAGAGCUGCUAGACUUCACCAACUGGUUCUGAGGCGCUGUCCAGCCCUGCUUUGGGAGUAGAGCGACAGCAGAUCCUGCGUCUUUAGUGUUUCUCGCCAAGGACUUUGAGAGGGAGGAAGAAAACAAGAAGAAAGAAAACAAACAAACCAGCCGGCCAACCUCCAGGGGCAAACGACUAAGAUUCAAAGUUUUCCACAAACAGGGUUGGGUUCCAGACAGUAACUUUGCACUCCAAUCAUUCUGAGACACAAGAAGAGUGACUGGUCACAGGCGGUGUGCAAAAGCAGUGGGGUCUUUUCCUAGAGCGUGAGAGCCACACACACCUGCCAGCAACUCCCAGCCAACCACUAACAGACUGGGCUGAAAGCACUUGUCAGUGCCUUCACCUCCCAGCCCUCCAUCUAAGCCAAUUCUUAGCCCUGGGACCUGGGGUAACUUCUUUCCUUAGUAAGCCGGCUGUGGGCAUUCAUCUGCAGUGAAGCAGCUAUGUUAUACCACACUCAGUUCCUGGACACCCUUCCCCUGUCCUGGUGGCCUCCUCCCCAAACCCUAAUUCCCCCACUGUCUUCGCUUCUGUUUUCAUCAUAGAAUGCUUCCAAUCUUUGUGAAUUUUUUUAUUAUAAGAAAAAAAUCUAUUUGUAUCUAUCCUAACCAGUUUGGGGAUAUAUUAAGAUAUUUUUGUACAUAAGAAAGAGAGAGAAAAAUUUAUAGAAGUUUUGUACAAAUGGUUUAAAAUGUGUAUAUCUUGAUACUUUAACAUGUAAUGCGAUUACCUCUGCAUACUUUAGAUGUGUAGCCCAUCUUACAACUGCCGUUUCCCCCUGUGGUUUUGUAAAGAGCUCUCCUCACAGGUGAGAUCUAAUGCCACCAGAAUGACUUCAGCACCAAUGUGUCUUACUUCAUAGAAGCGUUGUUAAUGUAUUAAUGAUGUUAUUAAAAACUGUUCAAGGAGAACAAAGUUUAUGCAGCUACUGUCCAAACGCAAAGUGGCAGCCAGUUGGUUUCCCUGGGCUGCCUUUUGGAAAUUUCUACCACUGCCUUUUCCCCUUACUGUUUUAUUACAAACUUACAAAAACAUGUAUAACCCUGUUUUAUACAAACUAGUUUUGUAAUAAAACUUUUUUCCUUUUUUAUAAAAAAAAAGAAAAUGA